AUAUUGAGAUCGGUAUCGGUGGCAGUCAACUCCUCGUGGCAAGAAAAGGAAACAAAGAAAACAUUUCAAAUAUCUGAUUUAGAUUUGUUGUGAAAUUCCAAAUUGAAGAGUUUAGGCGUUCUUCCAAUCUCCAACCAUGUCCCAAUUCACGUGCAUCAAUUGCGAUGCGCGUUUUGCUAAUGCCGACAUCCAGCGGGAACACUAUAAAACAGACUGGCAUCGUUAUAAUCUGAAGCGCCGUGUGGCCCAGCUGCCUCCAGUGACGGCCGAGGAAUUCCAGCAGCGUGUGCUAAGUGCCCGCAGUGCCACUGAAACGGCCCUGGAAGAGCAAAAUAUGAGCAUCUAUUGCAAUGCUUGUCGCAAGCAAUUUGGCAAUCAAAAAGCACACGACAAUCACCUGAAUAGCAAGAAGCACAAAGAAAGCCUGGCGCGAUAUGAACGUUCAGCGGCCACAUCCAAGGAGCCAGUGUGUGUGAAAAGCGUUGUGGAACCGCGACCACAUCCAGCUUUGGCGGCGGCAGCAGCUGGCAAAGGACGUCAUGCCUUUACAGAGCGAGCCAAUCAAAUGGAUUGUGAGGACGAGGAUGCUGUCGAUGAUGAUGAUGAUGAUUUUGAGGACAUUGAAGAGGAAGAGGUGGACUCUGAUGAAUGGGACAAAAUACCAGAGAAUCCUUUAACUGAACGCGAUUGUCUCUUCUGUAACCAUACUAGCGAUGACCUAGUGGAGAAUCUAAAACAUAUGUCUGUGGCUCAUUCCUUCUUUAUACCCGACACUGAAUACUGUACCGAUAUCGAGGGUCUACUUUAUUAUCUAGGCGAGAAGGUGGCCAAUUAUUUCAUUUGCCUCUCGUGUAAUGAUCGUGGCAAAACGUUUUAUUCUCUGGAUGCAGUACGCAAACACAUGGUCGACAAGGGUCACUGUCAAAUGUUGCACGAAGGCGUGGCAUUGGCAGAAUAUGCUGAAUAUUAUGAUUACAGUUCUAGUUACCCAGACAAUAAGGAUGGCAUGGACAUUGAUGAUGAGGUGGUGCCCGACUUGCUUGAUGGUGAUGAAUAUCAAUUGGUUUUACCCUCCGGAGCAGUUAUUGGUCAUCGAUCGCUUUUACGCUACUACAAACAACAUUUACGUCCAGGACGGGCCGUAGUCCUUAAGAAAUCUGAUCGAAAAUUGCAUCACGUACUCAGCGAGUAUCGGGCCCUCGGAUGGACACAAACACAACAGCAGGCAGCGGCACGUAAGGCGCGCGAUAUACAUCUAAUGAAGCGUGUCCAGUCCAAAUGGCAAAUGAAAUUGGGAACCAAAGCUAACAAAUUGCAAAAGCAUUACAGGGCUCAAAUCUUAGUGUAAUUGCCGGCCUGCUAGCACUAUUCCAGUUCAAUAAUUGCUGCUUGUAAAUCAAGAAAAACCGAAAUGUUUUUGUUUUUAUUAAAUUUAUUAAAACUAAAGAUAAAAUUAAAAUCCAUGUAUCAUUCAGGAACAGAA